AUGUCAAAUACAUUUUGGUCCAUAUGGUAUGCAGAAUGUGGUCAAAGUGCAUUAACCGCAAUAAAAAUGUCGUUAGACAAAGUUGUUGAUGAGGGUGACGUGUUGAUUGCUGAUGGAACAUCGGUGAGAGGUAAACUUGGCCCUGCAGCCAAAUUUAUUCAUGAUACAAAUGAUGAAGAUAUGGCGAAAUUAAAAUUUAUUGAUUCAUUUACUGAUGAAGAAGUGAUUAGCGGACCAGAUGACCGCGGAAAGAAAAAAUUAAAAACAACACAAUUUACGGGAUUAACUAAAGAAGCACGUUCAAUCGGAAAGAAAAACUGA